CUUCAAACCUAUCUGAACUUUAGAUUCGUAAAUUUAUCGCAUUAAGAUAUGCUUUUUCCAAAAUCUUAAGUUUUUAACAUUAUUAAACAUUAAACAUUAUUACCGACAAAUUCUUUGUAAAACAGUAUACAUAGUCCCCCAUGAAAUGAAUAAGCAGACCAAAGAAUGGUCGCGAGCUCGCCUAUGUAAGCCUAAGGAUAAUCUCACCACCGAGGCGGGAAAACGAGAACGCUUUGUGCCGUCAUGUGAACUAGAGUGCAGUCCGGUAUCGAUGUCGCACUUGAUUGGCUGGGAAUACGCUCGAAUUUGGCUGCGCGAUCGCGACAAAUUUGUGCAGCAACGCGAACGGGCUGUCAAAGCCAAAUAUAUCAAGAAUGACUUCGAGUGGUGGUUAAGGCUGCGAAAAACAUCCAAAAAGUUCUGCAAAGUCGGGGCAUAAAAGAGAAAAAAAUGUGCGAACAACGAAAUGUUUCUUACUCCAUUUUUAAUAGUUUUACUUUCUUUUACUUUAGGAAGUGAUCUUCUGUGCAUUUAAAUACCAGUGCCCAAUAACUUCGUAAGGACUUAAAUCACAAAAUAACUCAAUUUCAGGACUUUCAGUGGGCGGAAAACCUGACACCCACGCAAACGAAACGGUUAAAAGAGAGUGAAAAAGAGAAACGCGCGAUAGCAACAAUUGCUUACUCUUAUGCACAGAGAAAAAUGUUGGAGAAAAUUACUGAAAAGGAAGGAGAAUGUAACAUUGCGUUGACUUAUGUAAAAUUUAUUAGAAAAGUAAACAUGCUUCUAAAAAAUCAAUGCAAUAAAAUAGAUAUCGACUUAUGUAUUUAGAAUUUA